UACAAGAGCUAGCAAGUGAUCGAGUUAGGGAAGGUCAGAGGCCAUGGCGGGUGACGCGUCGGGGAGCUCUCUGCAUGGGGUGACGGGGCGCGAGCCGGCCUUCGCCUUCUCGGUAGAGGAGGGGCCGGUAGCGGAGGACGCCACGGCUGUCAAGUUCGACCUGCCGGUGGACUCGGAGCACAAGGCCAAGUCCAUCAGGCUCUUCUCCUUCGCCAACCCGCACAUGCGCACCUUCCACCUCUCCUGGAUCUCCUUCUUCACCUGCGUCGUGUCCACCUUCGCCGCCGCGCCGCUCGUCCCCAUCAUCCGCGAAAACCUCAACCUCACCAAGGCCGACAUCGGCAGCGCCGGCGUGGCUUCCGUCUCGGGGGCCAUCUUCUCGCGUCUCGCCAUGGGCGUUGUCUGUGACCUCCUCGGCCCGCGCUACGGCUGCGCCUUCGUCAUCAUGCUCGCGGCGCCCGCGGUGUUCUGCAUGGCCAUCAUCGACAGCGCGGCCGGCUAUAUCGUCCUUAGGUUCUUGAUUGGCUUCUCACUGGCGACGUUCGUGUCGUGCCAGUACUGGACGAGCACCAUGUUCAACAUCAAGAUCAUCGGGACCGUGAACGCGCUGGCGUCCGGGUGGGGGGACAUGGGCGGCGGGGCCACGCAACUCAUCAUGCCAUUCGUCUACGAAGCCAUCCUCAAGUGUGGCGCGACGCCGUUCACGGCCUGGCGCAUCGCCUACUUCGUGCCGGGGCUAAUGCACGUGGUGAUGGGCAUCCUGGUGCUCACCAUGGGGCAGGACCUCCCCGACGGCAACCUCCGCAGCCUCCAGAAGAAGGGAGACACCAACAAGGACAAGUUCUCCAAGGUGCUCUGGCACGCAGUCACCAACUACAGGACCUGGACCCUCGUGUUUGUCUACGGAUACAGCAUGGGUGUGCAGCUGACCACCACCAACAUCAUCGCCGAAUACUUCUACGACCAGUUCCACCUCGACCUCCGCGUCGCCGGCAUCAUCGCCGCCUGCUUCGGCAUGGCCAACGUCGUAUCGCGGCCCUUGGGAGGCGUCCUCUCCGACGUCGGCGCGCGCUACUGGGGCAUGCGCGCACGCCUCUGGAACAUCUGGAUCCUCCAGACCGCCGGCGGCGCCCUCUGCCUCUGGCUCGGCCGUGCCAGCACGCUCCCCACAUCCAUUGCUGCCAUGGUGCUCUUCUCCUUCUGCGUUCAGGCUGCCUGCGGCGCCACCUUCGGCGUCAUCCCCUUCGUCUCUCGCCGCUCACUCGGCAUCAUCUCUGGCAUGACGGGGGCUGGCGGCAACGUAGGGGCGGGCAUCACACAGAUGCUCUUCUUCACCUCGUCCAGUUACUCCAUGGGCAAGGGGCUCGAGAACAUGGGCAUCAUGACCAUGGUAUGCACGCUUCCCCUCGUGCUCGUGCACUUCCCGCAGUGGGGCUCCAUGCUCCUCCCGCCUAGUGCCGACGCCGAUGAGGAGCGCUACUACGCCGACGAGUGGAGCGAGGAGGAGAAGAGCACAGGCCGUCACAACGCCAGCAUCAAGUUCGCCGAGAACUGCCGAUCCGAGCGCGGCAGGCGCAACGCCGUCCUCGCCGCCGCAGCUACGCCGCCGAACAACACGCCACAGCACGUCUAAUGUACUCAAUAUAGACAUAAAGACACAUACAGUUUGUACGAAUGCUAGCUCCUAGCGUACGUUUUAAUAACUUGAGAGACACAAAUAUCUA